CUGCACACUAAGACUCAUUUGAUACCAUUUGAAACGACAAGCUAUGGUCUAUCUUGGUUUAGUUAAGUCUUUGCUCGUCACAUGCGUUUCCUUGUUUAGUUCCACUUCCGCAUCUCACAAAGUAACGCUAGACGCGGUAUAAUGAUUUUAUAGCAUAAAUCGUUUACUUUAAAGUACAUUUUAUAGCGGAAUGUUAACGAACAUUAUUUCGUAAUUGUGCGUGAUCGAAAUUGAUUACCAGGUGUUAGUCUGUUGCAUUUGCAAGACAAAACAGAGGACACAGUGUCCAAUUUAGCUUGCUUUUGCUAGCUACUUGAUCAGCUAGGUUGUAGCCAUUUCAACCUAACCCAACCUACACUUCGGAAUAGCUGGCGACAUCUUUUCGGAAUGAAGGUGUCCAUGUCACCCCCACACACAGCAACGUCUGUGCGGCUGUUAGUUCUGGCUGUUCAGCUGGUCUUGUUGGUGUGUGGAGGCCAGGCCAGUGACGACACCAAGCGGUGUAAGCUGUUCUCUGAGUCCCCGGCAGAACGGAAGGUCCUCAGUCUUCUAGAACCGCUCACUAACAAGACUUUCUCUGUGGAUACGACAAGCAAUAUGGAGAGCUACACAUACCAGUUCCAGGUGUGUGGGGAUGUGGGGAAAACGGUAGGAGCGGGACUCGUUCAGAUCGACCAUACCGAGAAAAAACUUGAGACCGUGCUUGGCCUGUACACUGCAACACAGGCUAUCGGAGGAAGUGACUGGGUGAUGUUGAUCUACAGCAACGGCACAAAGUAUGACACCCACUGUUCCAAGGAGAUGAGGAAGGCCAUCGUCAUGAUCUCCUGCAACAGAGGAGUGGAAAUGGGGAAGCUGGAAGUGGUGUUGGAGGAGAGGGAGAGGAACACGGACUGUUUCUAUCUGUUUGAACUGGACUCCAGUGCGGUCUGUCCUGCUCUGCCAUCCCAGCUCAGUGCAGGUUCCAUAAUACUCAUAAUUGGGUUCGUCCUCUUGUCAGUGUACCUCAUUUGUGGAUUCCUCUACCAGCGGUUGAUUGUUGGGGCCAAAGGGUUGCAGCAGUUCCCCAACUAUGUCUUCUGGACGCAGGUUGGCAACCUGGCAGCGGAUGGCUGUAAUGUCGUGUGUAGGACACAGGGCCCUGAAGAGGAACCUCCCACAUACAGGGGUGUGUCCACAGAGCCAGAGGAGGAGCCAGAAGAGAGGGAUGACCACUUGCUUCCCAUGUGAUCUGAUAAUUGUCCGUCUGGAUUUGGGCCAGGAAGUCCAACCUUCCGCUGAGGAAUCCAUACUCCACCUUGUUGCCUUUGGUGUAUGAUGCUGUCCUGGUUCCACCUGACCUGCCCUCUCCCAGCUCAUGAAAGAACUUGAGCAUUUCCAACUCGUCUGCUUCAUUCUGGAAGAACAUAUUGAACCUCCGAGGCCCGGGUGACACUCCGUUCCUCCAAAACACUGACUCGUCACAAUACUCUUUGCUCUCAAUGUCUUUCACAUUCACUCUGGUUCCUUUAGUCACUAUCGAAGACACCCCCCCCACCCACACACCUCCAACCUAGCCCAACUCCUGGUGGCACUGGUGUACAUAGCUGGUGUUGGGACAGCCGUAUCACCCAUGUACCUAUUCCUCAGCCUGAAACCUCGGCCUGUGUUGGUCUUGUUCCCCCUCCAGUGUUUCCUACGCUGUUCUUCAUCAUCCUCUUGGUCAAAGAAGAGGAGUUUUGUGAUUUGAAGGACCUGGCUGUCCCUUUUCAUGGCCAGAAAGUGUUUAACCUCCCGGCAGCCCAGUCGAGGAACGGCUUUGAACCGGAUGUUAAAGUGUUCCAGGUCUGGGAUGAUGGCCUGGGCAUCCUGGAUGCUGCUCUCCAUGUUAGCCAGCUCAAUCACCUGUGGGGUCAGGACACCUUCAGGGAACCUGACGCUCAGUGAUUUCAUCAGCUGGAGGUAGUCCUGCUGGGUUAGAUGUGAGUCUUCUCCUGGUCUUCCACCAACCACAGCGCUAUCUCCUGCUUCAACAUCUCCACUCUGUCCUACCUCAUUCUCACUCCCUCCUCCCAAUCCAUCUCUCCCUCCACCUCUUACACCCAAACCUCCAUUACUUCUCCCACCCACCCCUCUGUUCACUCUUCCUCUCUUGUCUAUCUUCAGUUCUACAUCUCCCUGGCCUAGACCGUCUGUAUUUGCAGUCACCCUUCCUCCUCUCCCUCGUCUCCCUGGACCUCUGUCCCUUACUUUGAGUUCUUCUCCAUUUUCUAUCCCUUCGACCUUUCCAUUCUCUCUAACAUUUUCUUUUCCAUUUGUUCCAUUUGUGACACUUAUAACUGAUUUGAUUACUAGCUCUGUUCUUGCGCCUGCAUCUUCCCCCUCUCUGUAUUUACUCCAUGCUGCUCCUACUCUGCCUCCCCCCUUUCCAACACCGGUCUUUGCACCUUCUCCUCCAAUAUUUUCCUGACCUAGAGCACAUUUUUCUGCCCUAUUCCCCCUCUUCCCCUUAACUGGAUAUCUUAAUUCCUCACUUCCUUUGGCACUACCUCCUUUUCCCCUUGUCUGUCGCUCCUUCACUCCUCUGUUUCCCAUUCUUCCUCCUCUGCCAAAGCUACGAUCUAAUGUGGAAGCCUGUCAUGUUGGCCAGAGUUACAGUCAGAAACUCUAGCCUCUGUAGUGGAUGGAAAUGGAAAAUAAAAAGAAAGACCAGUUUGAUGAAGUGACUCACAAUCAGACAAACCUCAAAGUAGAGAAGAUUGGGAUCUGCCAGCCCACUAUUUCACAAUAUCCUCUCUCACUCUUGUCAGUUUCUUUUCUCCAUGACAGUGGUGUAAUCAUUGGCAUAUGCCUAAAACAGGCAACUCCCAAUGUAAAGUGGUGUGGACCUAUUGAUACAAAAAAAAGAAAUUUCAUCCUUUCUGAUAAAAAUGCCUCUAUCAGCAACAAUGACUACAAAUAAAAGAAACACAAAACAUACAUCAAUCUUUUUCCAGAGCAGUUAAAGAUAUUGAAUGGGCCCCAAAGCAGUUACAAAUGUAUUACAUAUCGUAGAAAUUGGAAUUUGUAACGUCACAUGAUUUGCAGGAAAAAAUAAUUUUGCAGGACGUAAAAUACCAUUCGAAAGGGAUGACGUUAUUCUCGGGGACCUGUUUUUGCUCGUGAGCUCUACUUUCAAAACUACUGGCUGAAAUUAUAAAGAUUACACAUUUUUCCCUUUUAUGUUGUAUAAAACAGCAAAGUAGACCUUCUUAAUCACUGAAAUAGGUAGGCAAAACAAUAAACUUUACUGACACACAAGUAUAAAAAGGAGUGAUUUUCAAAAGUAUUGGGACAGUGAUCAUUUUUCUAUUUGGCUCCAGCACUUUGGAUUUGAAAUGAUACAAUAAAGUGCAGACUGUCAGGUUUAAUUUGAGGGUAUUUUCAUCUAUAUUGGUGAACCGUUUAGAAAUUACCACACUUUUGUACAUAGUCCCCCCUUUUAGGAGACCUAAAGUAUUGGGACAAAUUCAUUUAUGUGUAUUAAAGUAGUCAAAGGUUUAGUAUUUGGUCCCAUAUUCCUAGCACGCAAUGAUUACAUCAAGCUUGUGACUCUACAAACUUGUUAGAUGCAUUUUCUGUUUGUUUUGGUUGUGUUUCUGAUCAUUUUAUGCCCAAUAGAAAUGAAUGCUAAAUAAUGUAUUGUGUCAUUUUGGAGUCACUUUUAUUGUAAAUAAUAAUAGGAUAUGUCUCUAAACACUUCUACAUUAAUGUGGAUACUACCAUGAUUUCGGAUAGUCCUGUAUGAAUUUUGAAUAAUGAUGAUUUAGAAAGUUACAGACGCACAAAUAUCAACCCCCCCCCCCCCCCCCACCACCAAAAAAAAAUGCUAACCUCCCCUCUUAUUGUCAUGGUGUGAGAUGUUAGCAUGUCUUGGGGGUAUGCUAUUUGUGCGUCUAACUUUUUGACUCAUUAUUCACGAUUCAUUCAAGACUAUCCGUAGUCUCGAUUCAUUCAAGACUAUCCGGCCAAAAGAAUAAUGAAAUUAAUGCCAUAAAAAUGUUUCAGCUUAUUUCUAUCAUAGGUAAAGAAUCCAAGCAGUACAUCUCUCCACAAUAGUGUAAGAUCUUCAUAAAUGUGUUCAAUGAUAAAUCUACUGAUGUUUUGCCACAGUUUUCUUACAUGAAUACAAUGCCAAAAAAGAUGCAA